AUGUUGGGCGGCUUCCUUUUCGCCUCAUGGCGCAUCUUCCAGCUUAUCACGCUGAUUCCUAUCAUUGGCAUGCUGGCAUGGUUCGUCGAUGGGUUCAACAAGUACAACAGACUUACGCCGUCCUUCAUCCUCGUCCUCUUCAUCGUGUCGAUCCUCGCAGCCGCCUGGGCCCUGGCAACUCUAGUCCGCCUAGGCUCGACCAGACGAUCAGCGUUGUUCGUCGCCUUCAUCGACCUGUGCUUCGUCGGCGCCUUCAUCGCAGCCGUCUACUAUCUGCGCUACAUCGAAGACACAGACACCUGCGACAGAUUCGUCAACUCAUGGAUCUACCAGCGUCUGGGUCCUUUCGGAGGAGAGGGUCGACUGGCGGGCAAUUCACUUGCAAGUGACUUGAAGAAGAACUGCAGCAUGCUGUUCGCAUCCUGGGUGUUUGGCAUAAUCAACAUCAUCACCUUCUUCAUCACAUUCAUUCUGGCGCUCUUCCUGCAUCGCCAUCACAGGGAGGUGUACACGAAAGAGGUUCGCCGGACAUCAAGGCACAGCAGCAGACGAGGUCACUCCCGAUCUGGUUCGAGGAGGUCUAGCAGCCGUCGCAGGUACUAUGUGUAA